UCGCACACCACUCGGCCUCAGUCUUUUCCACCACUCGACUGGACUCCACCAACAGCAGGCAGCAGCAACAGUGGGAUAACCCCAGCCUAGAUCGCAGUUCUCGCCAUAAAGAUGAAACUCCUUAGCAUAAUCCGCAGCUUGAAGCUGACUGGAAGCCAUGGUCUUCACAUGUCCAGAUGUUAUGCGUCAAGUGUGCCCACAACUAAAAUGUUCAUCAACAAUGAGUUUGUUGAGUCCCAGACAGACAAGUGGGUUGACCUCCAUAACCCAGCCACAAAUGAAGUGGUCACAAGGGUCCCUCAAAGCACGCGGUCAGAAAUGGAGGCUGCAGUCGCAGCAGCCAAGGCAGCCUUCCCAGCCUGGUCCAACACUACCGUCCUCACCCGCCAGCAGAUCAUGUUCAGACUGCAGGACCUCAUCAAGAAAAACAUGAAACGUCUUGCAGCAAAUAUCACAUUAGAACAAGGGAAAACCUUGGUUGAUGCUGAGGGAGACGUUUUGAGGGGACUGCAGGUUGUGGAGCAUUGUUGCAGCAUCACGUCUCUCCAGUUGGGGGAGUCGAUGCCAGGCAUUGCCAAGGACAUGGACACCUUCACCUUCAGGAUGCCUCUGGGCGUGACCGCGGGCAUCACACCCUUCAACUUCCCAGCCAUGAUUCCUCUAUGGAUGUUCCCGAUGGCUGCUGUGACUGGCAACACAUCAGUGAUGAAGCCGUCAGAGCGCGACCCAGGUGCGACCAUGAUCCUUAUGGAGUUGUGCAAGGAAGCUGGUAUGCCGCCCGGUGUAGUCAACGUGAUCCACGGAACACACGACUCUGUGAACUUCAUCUGCGACAACCCUGACAUUAAAGCUAUAUCUUUUGUGGGCUCAGAUCAAGCUGGUCAGUACAUUUAUGAACGUGGCUCCAAGAGUGGCAAGCGUGUCCAGUCCAACAUGGGUGCCAAGAACCACGGUGUGAUUAUGCCGGACGCCAACAAGGAGAGCACCUUGACCAGCCUGAUUGGUGCUGCCUUUGGUGCGGCUGGACAGCGGUGCAUGGCUCUCUCCACAGCCAUCUUUGUUGGCGAGGCGAGGGAGUGGAUCCCUGAGCUGGUGGAGCGGGCACGGAAACUUAAAGUCAGCGCAGGUACUGAGCCCGAUGCCGAUCUUGGACCUGUGAUUUCACCGGAAUCAAAGAAGAGAGUCUGCGACCUGGUCCAGUCUGGAAUCGAUGCCGGCGCGGAAAUCCUCCUUGAUGGCCGUGACAUUCAGGUCAAAGGUUAUGAAAAUGGAAACUUUGUCGGACCCACCAUCCUGCAUCAAGUUGAUCCAUCCAUGAAAUGCUACACAGAGGAGAUCUUUGGGCCAGUGCUUGUAAGCAUGGAAGUCGAGACCUUGGAUGAUGCCAUCGAAGUUGUAAACUCCAACCCUUACGGAAACGGAACAGCUAUUUUCACUACAAAUGGGGCAACAGCUCGCAAGUACACCAUGGAGUGUGAUGUGGGACAGGUAGGAGUGAAUGUGCCCAUCCCUGUGCCUCUGCCUAUGUUCUCCUUCACUGGUUCCCGAGGCUCCUUCAGAGGAGACCAGAAUUUCUAUGGAAAACAGGGCAUCCAGUUCUACACCCAGAUCAAGACGGUCACUCAGAUGUGGCGUGGAGAGGAUGCGGUGUCGACCCGGCCAGCCACCAACAUGCCCGUACAGUCAUAAACCAGAAGGCACCCCAUCCUAGCCCACCCCGCCCCACCCCUCCCGGUCGACCGUUGUCAUGAGAGCUGCGAGUCAAGGGUCCAGUGAUGGGUGAUGCCCCUGACAGAUCUGUCGGAGGAGCAUCAAUGUUGUGUAGUUUGUUAGUUUGUUGAUGAAACAAUGUGCCUAUCUUGCUGCUCUGUAAAGGUGAUGUGUCAUAAGGAUAAUUUAAUUUAAGUAUCCUUAGACUGUUAGUGUACUAAAUUGUUUUGUUCAUUGAGAUAGCGUGAAAAGAUGCAGCUUUCACUUUUGUUUUUGAGAUAUUCCAGCUCAAAUCAACUGUUGAUUAUUUUGUUCUUUUGUACAAUUGUACUGUUGAAGUGGUUUGCAUGUCUCUUUUCUCUGGAUGAGUGCACUGUUAAAAUGUCUACUGUGGAAUAGUGUAAUGCAUUUAAUGUACUGUGAUAUUCAUUUUCCCCCAUCUUUGUCGAUUAGAUAAAAUUUGAAAUUAUUUCAGUCUUUCUCUUUCUUUGCAUGAUGGUUGUGAACCAUUGAAGAGUCAUUCAUAUUUUUUUUACAGUUUACUUGUGUAUUUGCUUUUAAAACAAUUUUGAGAAAUGUAAAUCUUGAUUUUCUUGUUGUUAUGAUGAUUGACUCUUUUCUUAGAACACCUUACCAAGAUCUUUGAAUUUGUUUACAAAGUCAAAAUUGAGACAAACUUUUUUACAAGUUGGCCUAAUGAAUACAAGCCGAACUUUGACUUAUAUUUUUUUACUUUCUUGUAGUGGGAUGUUGGAGAGCUGAUGUCACAAGUCUGGGUUCAGAUCGUUUUUGAAGAGUGCACACAUACAGAUGUAUUUCACCGCAGCAUUUAAAUGAUCAUUAAUGAUAUUCUAAAAUAAAUAUCUUUUUGCUCAAGCCCUGAUUACGGUUCAUUGAAGUUGGAAGUUGGAUAAUUCAAGGUUCUUUUUCUUGAUUUUUCCACUUUCAUUUGUUUGGUUUUGAUGUGGAAAUACUUUGAAGAAUCUCAGAAAAUAAAAUCAGAUUGGGGAUAUUUGUAAGAUGAUCGACUAGUGUCUUGCUAAGGACGUGAAAUGGCAUUGUUUAUCUUGGCACUGUAAUUUUGUCUAUUUCUUGGUUCUCUGCAAAGGGGGAUAUGUUUUAGUUCACGGAUUGAUUUUGGCGCCGCAACUCCCGCCCGUACGUUAUUGUCAGUGAAGAAAGUGACCCGUUAAAAAAAUUUGAAACAUUCGUAUAACACACACACGCAAACACACACAUAUACAUAUAUAUAUAAUAAUAAUCAUAGUGUAAAAAAUGUUCUGUCGUGCCAUGUAGUUUUCCUGCUGCAGGUCGCCCUUUGUCGUUUUGAUAACUGACCUUAGACUUAAGCACAAAGUGUUGCUCAUUUCACAGUGUGGCAAGCAUCUUUGUGGUAAUGAACAUGUUGUGUUUUGCUAUUAGUAUUAUUAACAUCAUUAUAAUUUGAUUGUCACCUUUUUGUUAAGCCAAUAAACAGGAAUAUUAUAGCUGAAAGAAAAAGAA